AGCAACUAAAUAGAAGAACGGCCUCGGCGACACAGAUCUUUGAGCCCGUCUAGCUCUGAUCUUGAGGGCAAACUUUCGAUCUCUCCAUCAAGCACGAACAGUUCAAGUUCAUUCCUCAGUUCACGAAAGCCUCAAAGAAAAUUGCCUGUCACAAAAAUCCCACCAAGGAGACAUUGAAUUUUUAGCAAAUAUAGUGCUCGAAUAUUGAAUAUUUACAUCAUGGUUUGGAUACCCAAAGACCCUCAUCGUUGUCCAGCUUGCAAAAAGCCCGUUUACCCAGCUGAGCAGAUUAUUGCAACAGAUAGGACUCCAUAUCAUCGAGUUUGCGUGCGAUGUGUGGCUUGUCGUUGUGGCCUCACCCCUGGAACCUUGACUGAGAAAGAUGGGCAAUUGUAUUGCCGGAUGUGUUACCAAAAAAUCAUGAACCCUUAUGAAAAUGGUGACCAUCCAGGUAUGGGACAACUGUCGGACGAAGAGAGAUACAGGAUGGAGCAAGACGACUGGCUGGACAUCCUUUUGAAAAGCCCAAGCCAGUCUUUUCAAAGAAUUAUAUUGGGAUUGAAUUGCCUGCAAGUAAGAAAUGCGCCAACAAUGCUUGUCAUACCAAUGAUUCACUUAUUCAACCAAAGAUCGGAAGACUUGCCCAAGCUUAGACUUCGGAAUUGCCUUGUCCACAGGGUUCAGAAUGUUCUCUCGGUUAGAAGUGAGUUUGAUCCAACAACGGGUCAAUCUUUUUUGGAUCAACUAGAACCCUUGGAAAUCAAAGUUAUCGGAGGUUACAUCCUUUCUGGCAUGGAACCAUCGCAAAUCAGGUCUAUGGCGGAUAUGCAUAGACGCACAAAAGUACUGAGAGCUAUUUCAGAGGAGCCUUUAAGUAAUCUCUUUAGAGUGCUGGACAUAUCCGCUCUUAAACACUUCGCUAAUCUGCAUUUGAGGGAUCUGACGCUCAUGUCGACAAACGUUUCCGGAAUUGACCUUGGGAGUCUGCUCUAUUUCUUGGAUUUGCACCAUUUCCAAUCGAAUGAUCAAAUGGUUAAAAGUCUUGUGCCAAGACUCAAAGGACCCAUUUGUACGGAUGAGAGCACCUUCAAUGACUGGUCAGCGAUCUUGCAAAUACUUUGGAAUGAUAAGCGAACUACGACCGCCGCAGAGCUUUAUGACUUGGGAGAUUCAAUCGUCUUACUACCUUUGACCAAGAUCAAGGAAAUCGAUAAGGACGUUUUAGGGUUUGUGGCACCUUAUCUCUUCGAGAGAAGUCAUUACCUGAAAGAGUUUCGAUACACGGAACACGAAGCCAAUAUUCAAUUUUUGGGACAAUGUGUGACAUUUUUAAACAAGCAAGGCAUGGACCCCAGAUUCAUUCAGCUGAGAGUGUUCCACACACUCAGAUACUUAGAAACUUUCACGAACCGCCCAAAGAACGGCCGAUUCAAGCGAAAUCUUUCCGAAAGAGAACUCGAUCAAGUUAGAAGGGGAUUUGAGGCCGCUCGAGCGUAUUGGAAAUAUCUUCAUGACAACAAUUUUCUUACCCAAGAUCAGAAGAACAAAGCUCGAGUAAUUUUCAGCAACUUCGUUGAAGAAAUCGCAAAAGAGCAGAGGAGGUUACUGAAUCUCAACGAUUCUAUUUCGAAUAGAGACGUUUCUGCGACUCUCCACAACCUGAUAACCGAGGGCUUAUUAAGCGAAAGUAUUGAACAAGAAUUUCACGAGUUUUCAGAUCGGCUUAGAGUCAAAGUCGUUCACCAAGUUGAAAAUGUUCUUAAGGUGAACUUUGCUGAGCCAAAAUACCUGCCAGAAGGUCCUCUAAAAACUGAGCUCCAAGAAAUUUUUGGGUUACACCAUGAAGUUACUCAAGCAACCUCAACCGCUUCUCCGACUAAGGAAAUUAAACCAUCAUCAGGAUCAAUCGAGCGAAAACUAGAAAUCCCAUUUGACUUGUUUGAGGGAUUGGACCACCUCCUCGUCGACACUAUGUUAGAUCAACUGGGCCCAGCCGCAAAAAAGCCAAAAACGGCUAGUACACUUGUCAAUUCUGGAACAUCUGGAGAGCAAACUCUCCCCCAGUCCUCCAAAGUCCAUCAAGAAUUCAUAUCCGAGGCUAAAAUGAAGGCAACAAUCUCGAGAUUCAAAUAUUCUGGCGAUUCCAUAUUCCUAUCGGAGUCAACAUUGAAAGCGGUUGAUGAUUCUACCGUCAAGGAAUGGGACGUUGAACGGAUUUUGGCCAACCUUGACAUUUUGGGGAGAACAAACGAACUGUCAACCUCGACAAAAUCAAAAUUAUGGAACAAGGUCCAUGCCGACCUGAUCCCAGGCACAAUCUUAGGAUCAAACACUAUUUUAAACUUAGGAAACCUCUUGCAAGUUGUGAAAACCGUCAAAAGUAUUAGUGCUUCAAUGCUUUUCUCACAAGAUUUUGGUUUCGAGGCAAUAAGCGAACUCUCUAGCAAACUGAAGAAUGGCGCGAAAAUUGAAUUUGCGCGGCAAAUCGAUGAUCUAUUGGUGUGUCAAAAGGCCGAACAGAAUAACGAUCACAUCAAAUUGCUCUUAGCUUCAGUUCAACCAAUUUGGUGCUAUUUGAACUCAGAGAAUCUUUCAGAGUUUUUCAGGAAUUGCCCUAAAGUACUACAAGACUUGAUAGCUCUUUUUCCAGGAAUGCCAUUGUGCUCAGAGAGUCAAAGAGAGACACUGUUGACUUUUCUUAAUUCAACCGCCAAAAUGUUUGGUCCUUCUAGUAAUUGGUCCAGUUCCGAUGCAGCCUCAAUGGGAACAAUCAUUGGCGGAUUGAAAUCCGAGUUACUUUUGAAGAUUCCCCCUACCGCUUGGAGAGGACUUACUGAUUUUGGAUAUCAACAACUCGAACAGAAUAAUGAUCUUGCUCUGUUGCCCGCGCAAAAGGAGCAAAUUCCUUUAGAAUUUUGGGAGAUACCAUAAAUCGUGUAGAUUAAGC